AUGGACUUGGGGCAGCCUUGGAUCCAACGAAGUCAAAGUGAGCCUGAUGAGGUUGCAGAGCAAACGUACCGGGAGACGAUGAGCGUGCUCGGUGCGCUCGUGUACGUGCCCUCGGCAACGUUUCAGAUAGUGCAGAGAAACUUUCUAUUAUGGACGCGAAUCACGAGCCACCGCUUUUUUGAAGACGCUAAAAGAGGGAAACUGCAAGAGGCGCAGAUUCUUCAGCACGAGCGUCACUUGCUUGCGCUCGGAACCAAGUUCCAGAAACUGCUACUUGGCGAUGAGUGUUCGGCAAGGAGGUCCCACGAAGAUUCGUCGACGACACGUACUGGUUGGAGUAGUUUGGUGAUGGGAAACAUGUACUUAGCGUCAGUCGUCCACCAUUGGCUGGAUGGUAUCGAGAACCACGCGCUCUCCGUUGACCGCUGGGUCGCGGACGAGGCCGACAAGCUGGGCGCGAGUCAGCCGGGCGAAGCACCGCGAUCCACGCGAAGCCCUCUCGAGCGAAUACUGGACGCACUAGACCAUCUACCGUCUUUCACUGAACGGCAGUUCGUUGUCGUGCUGCUGCUGUUUUCGCACGUCCAGGCGUGGAGCCUGGCGGUGAAGAAUGAACGCAUUCCCAUGAGCGAAAGCGGCAGGGCUUUCGUUGAGCGCAUGCUGGACCAGAAACUCGAAGACAAUGUUCUGGAAGCUGUGCGCCUGUUCGACGUCCAUCUAUUCAAGGCAUUUGCUGUUUACACCUCGCCGGUGGCAAGCCAAGGCCCCGUCUCCUGGGAUCUACGUCGAGCGCCCGAGAUAGCGCUCCACACGCAACAAAGUCUCGGAUGGAACGAGAUCAUGGCAAGACUCGCGAUUCGAGCGGAUGAAUUCCUGCGCCUGAGCAAUGAGCUCUACGAAGUCGUCUAUCCGAGCCUGCGCUAUAAAAAGCCGCUUUGUGCGAAAUGCGGACGAGCGGGCCACGCACCAGAGCGCUGCACCUUCAAAAGCUGCAUCGAUUGA